GGUCCUUCCCCCCUAUAACAAACUCAACUUUGACCCCCCAGUAGCGAACUCGUCUGGUUCUGCAGCUCCUCCUCUCUGCAGAGCAAAGUGAGGUCUCCAUUCAAACACAUCCAAAACUCCGCAGGAUGAGACUCAAUUCUCUGAUAUUCCGCCGCUGAUCGUCGCUUCGCUCCAUCGAAAGGAAAGUGACAGUGGAAACUGAAUCGAUUUCAAUCGUUAAGAGAAGUGAAUAGCUAAAUAAGUGGAUAAGAAUUCCGCCCCGUGAUACUGACUAGUGGUUGCUAGCAGGCUACUCCAACAGACUGCAAACAUGGCGAGCGCCUCAUACCAUAUCUCUAAUCUAUUGGAAAAAAUGACAUCAAGCGACAAGGAUUUCAGAUUCAUGGCCACCAACGACCUGAUGUCGGAGCUGCAGAAAGACUCCAUCAAGCUGGACGAUGACAGUGAACGCAAGGUGGUCAAGAUGAUCCUCAAGCUACUGGAAGACAAAAACGGAGAGGUCCAGAAUCUGGCCGUCAAAUGCCUGGGUCCGUUGGUCAGUAAGGUGAAGGAGUACCAGGUCGAGACUAUAGUGGACACGCUGUGUACCAACAUGCUGGCAGACAAGGAACAGCUCCGAGACAUCUCCAGCAUCGGACUGAAGACGGUCAUAGGAGAACUGCCCCCUGCAUCCAGCGGCUCGGCCCUGGCUGCCAGCGUGUGUAAAAAGAUCACAGGCCGUCUGACCAGUGCCAUCGCCAAGCAGGAGGAUGUGUCAGUUCAGCUGGAGGCUCUGGACAUCAUGGCUGACAUGCUCUGCAGACAGGGGGGUCUCCUGGUCAACUUUCACCCCUCCAUCCUGUCCUGCCUACUUCCUCAGCUGACCAGCCCCCGCCUGGCGGUCAGGAAGAGGACCAUCAUCGCUCUGGGUCACCUGGUCAUGUCCUGUGGGAACCUGGUGUUUGUGGAUCUUAUUGAACACCUGCUGUCAGAGUUGUCCCGUAAUGACUCCAUGUCCACCACACGUACCUACAUCCAGUGUAUCGCAGCCAUCAGCAGACAGGCCGGACACAGAAUCGGUGAGUACUUGGAGAAGAUCAUUCCUCUGGUGGUGAAGUUCUGUAACAUAGACGAUGACGAGCUGAGAGAAUACUGCAUCCAGGCCUUCGAGUCCUUCGUCAGGAGGUGUCCAAAGGAGGUUUAUCCACAUGUGGGCACCGUCAUCAGCAUCUGUCUGAAGUAUUUGACCUACGACCCCAACUAUAACUACGAUGACGAGGAUGAAGAUGAGAAUGCCAUGGAUGCUGACGGAGCAGAUGAAGACUAUCAAGGAAGUGACGAUGAGUACAGCGACGACGACGACAUGAGCUGGAAGGUUCGCCGUGCGGCCGCCAAGUGUCUGGACGCCGUGGUCAGCACACGCCACGAGAUGCUGCCGGAGUUCUACCGGACCGUGUCGCCCGCGCUCAUCGCCCGCUUCAAGGAGCGGGAGGAGAACGUGAAGGCCGACGUGUUCCAUGCCUACCUGUCGCUGCUGAAACAGACACGUCCUGCUCAGAGCUGGCUGUGUGACCCAGAUGCCAUGGAACAGGGAGAGACUCCACUCACCAUGCUGCAGAACCAGCAGGUGCCAAUGAUCGUUAAGGCCCUGCAUAAGCAGAUGAAGGAGAAAAGUGUCAAGACACGGCAGUGCUGUUUCAACAUGCUGACGGAGCUGGUCAACGUGCUGCCUGGGGCCCUGACACAACACAUCCCUGUCCUCGUACCAGGAAUCAUCUUCUCUCUCAACGACAAGUCCAGCUCGUCCAACCUGAAGAUCGAUGCCCUGUCCUGUCUGUAUGUGGUCCUGUGUAACCACCAGCCCCAAGUCUUCCACCCCCAUGUCCAGGCCCUGGUGCCGCCCGUGGUGGCGUGUGUAGGAGACCCCUUCUAUAAGAUCACCUCUGAGGCCCUGCUGGUCAGCCAACAGCUGGUCAAGGUCAUCAGACCUCUGGACCAGCCGGAGAGGGACACCUUCGAUGCUUCUCCCUACAUCACGGACCUCUUCACCUGCACCAUCAAACGCCUCAAGGCUGCCGACAUCGACCAGGAAGUGAAAGAGAGGGCCAUUUCCUGUAUGGGUCAGAUCAUCUGUAACCUAGGAGACAGCCUGGGGGACGACCUUCCCGGGACGCUGCACAUCUUCCUAGAGCGCCUGAAGAAUGAGAUCACCAGACUGACCACGGUCAAGGCCCUCACGCUCAUCGCAGGCUCCACGCUGAAGAUCGACCUUAGACCUAUCCUUGACGAGGCAGUGCCCAUCCUGGCGUCGUUCCUGCGUAAGAACCAGCGUGCGCUGAAGCUGAGCACCCUGGCCGCGCUGGACAUCCUGGUGAAGAACUACAGCGACAGCGUGACUCCGGCCAUGAUCGACGCCGUGCUGGCCGAGCUGCCGCCACUGAUCAGCGAGAGCGACAUGCACGUGUCUCAGAUGGUCAUCAGCUUCCUGACCACCCUGGCCCGGGUCCACCCUCUCUCCCUGGCUAAGAUCGGGGGGUCGUCCAUCCUCUCGGAGCUCAUCUCUCUGGUCAGGUCUCCUCUGCUGCAGGGAGGGGCCCUCAGUGCCAUGCUAGAGUUCUUCCAGGCUCUGGUGGGUACAGGGACGUCCUCUCUGAGUUACAUGGACCUGCUCCGUAUGCUUACCGGUCCAGUCUACGCCCAGAGUGCUGCGCUGACACACAAACAGUCCUACUACUCUAUCGCUAAAUGUGUGGCCGCCCUGACCCGCGCCUGUCCUGAUGAGGGUCCUGCCGUGGUAGGCCAGUUCAUCCAGGAUGUGAAGAACUCUCGUUCGACAGACUCCAUCAGGCUGCUGGCCCUGCUGUCACUAGGAGAGGUGGGACACCACGUAGACCUGAGCGGCCAACCAGAGCUCAAGACGGUCAUCCUGGACGCCUUCUCUUCCUCCUCUGAAGAGGUCAAGUCUGCCGCAUCGUACGCCCUAGGAUCCAUCGCCGUGGGCAACCUGCCGGAAUACCUGCCCUUCGUUCUGGGGGAGAUCUCAGGACAGCCCAAGAGGCAGUAUCUGCUGCUACACUCGCUCAAAGAGAUCAUCAGCUCGGCGUCCGUGACGGGUCUAAAGCCUUACGUAGAGGGCGUGUGGACCCUGCUGUUGAAGCACUGUGAGUGUGCAGAGGAGGGUACCAGGAACGUGGUAGCAGAAUGUCUGGGGAAACUCACCCUCAUAGACCCAGAAACCCUGCUGCCCAGGCUGAAAGGAUACCUGCUCUCAGGAUCAUCUUACGCCAGAAGCUCAGUCGUGACAGCAGUGAAGUUCACCAUUUCAGACCACCCACAGACAAUAGACCCUCUCCUGAAAAACUGCAUAGGUGACUUCUUGAAGACGUUGGAGGACCCGGACCUGAACGUGCGGCGGGUUGCCCUGGUAACCUUCAACUCGGCGGCCCACAAUAAGCCCUCUCUCAUCAGAGACUUACUGGAUACGGUCCUGCCACACCUCUACAACGAGACCAAAGUCCGCAAGGAACUGAUCAGAGAGGUGGAGAUGGGUCCCUUUAAACACACAGUGGAUGACGGGCUGGACAUAAGGAAGGCAGCGUUUGAGUGCAUGUACACACUGCUGGACAGCUGUCUAGACAGACUAGACAUCUUUGAGUUCCUCAACCACGUAGAAGACGGACUCAAGGACCAUUACGACAUCAAGAUGCUGACGUUCCUGAUGCUGGCUAGACUCUCCACUCUGUGUCCCAGUGCUGUGCUACAGAGGCUGGACAGGCUGGUUGAGCCGCUACGUGCCACCUGCACCACCAAGGUGAAGGCCAACUCAGUGAAGCAGGAGUUUGAGAAGCAGGAUGAGUUGAAGCGGUCAGCCAUGCGGGCGGUGGUCGCCCUCCUCACCAUCCCCGAGGCAGAGAAGAGUCCCCUGAUGAGUGAGUUCCAGUCCCAGAUCUCCUCCAACCCCGAGCUGGCGGCCAUCUUUGAAAGCAUCCAGAGGGACUCGUCCUCCGCUAACAUGGAGUCCAUGGACACCAGCUAAACUACUACUCCCACAAUUCCCCUCUUCUUCCUUUCAUUCCCAAAACAUGAUGCCGCAACAACAAAAAAUACCUGGGGGGACCCUUUUAUCAAUCGUUCCAUGAUGCAUUGCACUGAAUCAGCAACAGUUAUAGGAGAAAAUACAAAUAUUUGAACUUUAAAACACAAAAAAAACGCGUAAAAAAAAUAUACAAGUAAAAAAAAAAAAAAAAAAAAAAAGGUUCUCUUUAAAGCUUUUAAGCUCAUCAUAACAUUUCUCAUUUAAUUUUUUCUUUAAAAAAAACAACAAAAUAAAUCCGUUUCUGGUUUGUUCCAUCGUUCCUUUUUUAUUUUUUUUGGUUGUGUUUUCUAAUAAAUCCUGAGUUCCACAGGUUCCUCCAUGCAGAUUUUGGAUGCUGCUGCAGAGGGACUGUUUUUUGCUGAGAUGAUGAUGAUGAUGAUGACCAUAUGAACUGACUUAAAUGGAAACGGACUGACAGCUUACAGCUCAACUCUACGAACGAUGGGAUAUAUAUAUAUAUAUAUACAUACACACUGCUCCUAACAUACAAGACAGGAGACAUGACUAACACGGGAUCUACAGGGGUUAAAUCAAUAAAAUUAUAGCAGAUUGAGUUUUAUGGUUUCCGGACCAUCACUGAGUUUUUGUUACCGUGUUUCUUACCAGAUUGGGUUGAAUUGAAAUGGGGGAGGGUUUAUUUUUUUUGUUUUUUUGUAAGAAUUGAAUGUCCCAUCUCUGUUAUUAUCGUUUUUGUCUUUUUGGUUAGAACAAAGCUUGGUUGAUGAGGGGGAGGGGUUCACACAAUCAGACUAGGUGAUGUUUAAAACUGUAUUCAGAAGUCUUCUAUUAAAGAGGUGUGAGAGACAUCGUCAGGACAGGGAGUUCUGUUGAAUAAGGGGAUAGAAUAUUUAGAAUAUUUUCGCUCAUUUUAAUUUGUACACGUCUCUUGCAUCGACGAGUGGUCGUGUGCGGAGGGUAUUUGACCUUUUGACUCCCAUUUAGCAUGUUCAGAACAGUCCAAUAAGGGAACGGACGUGUCUUCUACAAGACCAGCAUUAGGAACAGACAUCUGGAUAUGGACAGGAAGUACAUUUUGUGAAUAAAAGCGUGAACUGAUUUUCUUGCCUCAGAUCCAGGAUCAUCAAGUUGUAUGUGUCACAUGAGCCCUAAUACAACGGUGUAGACCUGACAGUGAAAUGCUGACUCACCUCGUGUUAUCUAUUCCUUGGUAUAGAGUCUCUACCCUCAGCUUAUGUAGAGAGAUUAUGAGUAAACACGUAAAGUUAAAAUUGCAAACAGCCAAUAGUAAAUGUAUAAAAAAAAAAAUGUUGGAGGGGGCAGUUUACCCAACGCUGAUGUUACUGCUUCAUUCCUUAUCCUGUCAGGGUGGGUCACAAAUGGCUCCCUAUUCCCUAUACAGUGCACUGCUUUUGAGGGGGAAGAAAAAUGUUCCUUUUUCAGGAUGCUCUCUUAUCUGUUUCAACAAAAGGACCAUCAGUCUGAUGUCCCCCACAGAGCUCAGUCCUUCCAUCAGUCUAACGUCCCCCACUGAGAGCUCAGUCCUUCCAUCAGUCUGAUGUCCCCCACUGAGAGCUCAGUCCUUCCAUCAGUCUGAUCUCCCCCACAGAGCUCAGUCCUUCCAUCAGUCUAACGUCCCCCACUGAGAGCUCAGUCCUUCCAUCAGUCUGAUGUCCCCCACUGAGAGCUCAGUCCUUCCAUCAGUCUGAUCUCCCCCACUGAGAGCUCAGUCCUUCCAUCAGUCUGAUGUCCCCCACUGAGAGCUCAGUCCUUCCAUCAGUCUGAUCUCCCCCACUGAGAGCUCAGUCCUUCCAUCAGUCUGAUGUCCCCCACUGAGAGCUCAGUCCUUCCAUCAGUCUGAUGUCCCCCACUGAGAGCUCAGUCCUUCCAUCAGUCUGAUGUCCCCCACUGAGAGCUCAGUCCUUCCAUCAGUCUGAUGUCCCCCACUGAGAGCUCAGUCCUUCCAUCAGUCUGAUGUCCCCCACUGAGAGGCCAGUCCUUCCAUCAGUCUGAUGUCCCCCACUGAGAGGCCAGUCCUUCCAUCAGUCUGAUGUCCCCCACUGAGAGGCCAGUCCUUCCUGAAGGAACUGAGAAAUGGGACCUUAACAGUAUGGAGUCGGACGUGGCUGCUGUUGACGUGCGCGUCACUUGCCGGGCAGAGAAAGGUGCAGGAGUAUAGCUCAUACACUGACUACAGGUUUAAAUGUAUAGAUAUAAAGCUAUAGGUUUACAUGUAUAGAUACAGUUGAAGUCGGACGUUUACAUACACCUUUGCCAAAUACAUUUAUACUCAGUUUAUCACAAUUCCUGACAUUUAAUCCUAAUAAAAAUUCCCUGUUUUAGGUCAGUUAAGACCACCAGUUUAUUUUAAGAAUGUGAAAUGUCAGAAUAAUAGUUGAGUGAUUUAUUUCAGCUUUUUAUUUCUUUCAUCACAUUCCCAGUGGGUCAGAAGUUUACAUGCACUCAGUAUUUGGUAGCAUUGCCUUUACGUUUUGGGUAGCCUUCCACAAGCUUCCCACAAUAAGUUGGGUGAAUUUUGGCCCAUUCCUCAUGACAGAGCUGGUGUAACUGAGUCGAGUUUGUAGGCCUCCUUGCUCGCACACGCUUUUUCUAUAGGAUUGAGGUCAGGGCUUUGUGAUGGCCACUCCAUUAACUUGACUUUGUUGUCCUUAAGCCAUUUUUCCACAACUUUGGAAGUAUGCUUGGGGUCAUUGUCCAUUUGGAAGACCCAUUUGCGAACAAGCUUUAACUUCCUGACUGAUGUCUUGAGAUGUUGCUUCAAUAUAUCCACAUAAUUUUCUUGCCUAUAAUGCCAUCUAUUUUGUGAAGUGCACCAGUCCCUCCUGCAGCAAAGCACCCCCACAACAUGAUACUGCCACCCCCGUGCUUCACGGUUGGGAUGGUGUUCUUUGGCUUGCAAACCUCCCCCUUUUCCUCCAAACAUAACGAUGGUCAUUAUGGCCAAACAGUUCUAUUUUUGUUUCAUCAGACCAGAGGACAUUUAUGAUCUUUGUCCCCAUGUGUAGUGGCAAACUGUAGUCUGGCUUUUUUAUGUAGGUUUUGGAGCAGUGGCUUCUUCCUUGCUGAACGGCCUUUCAGGUUAGGUCGAUAUUGGACUCCUUUUACUGUGGAUAUAGAUACUUUUGUACCUGUUUCCUCCAGCAUCUUCACAAGGUCCUUUGCUGUGGUUCUGGGAUUGAUUUGCACUUUUCGCACCAAAGUACAUUCAUCUCUAGGAGACAGAACGCGUCUCCUUCCUGAGCGGUAUGACGGCUGCGUGGUCAUGGUGUUUAUACUUGCGCACUAUUGUUUGUACAGAUGAACGUGGUACCUUCAUGCGUUUGAAAAUUGCUCCCAAGGAUGAACCAGAAUUGUGGAGGUCUAUUUUUUUUUUCCUGAGGUCUUGGCUGAUCUCCCCAUGAUGUCAAGCAAAGAGGCACUGAGUUUGAAGGUAGGCCUUGAAAUACAUCCACAGGUACACCUCCAAUUGACUCAAAUGAUGUCAAUUAGCCUAUCAGACGCUUCUAAAGCCAUGACAUAAUUUUCUGGAAUUUUCCAAGCUGUUUAAAGGCACAGUCAACUUCGUGUAUGUAAACUUCUGACCCACUGGAAUUGUGAUACAGUGAAAUAAUCUGUCUGUAAACAAUUCUUGGAAAAAUGUAUUGUCAUGCACAAAGUAGAUGUUCUAACCAACUUGCCAAAACUAGUUUGUUAACGAGACAUUUGUGGAGUGGUUGAAAAACGAGUUUUAAUGACUCCAACCUAAGUGUAUGUAAACUUCCAACUUCAACUGUAUAUAAAGCUCAAUAUUUCACGCUCUUGAGAGUCAAGGUGUGGUGAGGUAAAUAAUCCACCUAUGGAAAAAUGCCCAAAUAAAGAGGUGAAUUUCUGCCUGAA